AUGAGGACCAAAUCAAAAAUUUGGAAUUACUUUGAAAAGUAUCCUAAUGAUGGCCUUUGCUUAGAAUGUGGUGAGAAAAAAAAUAGUAAAGGUGGUAAUACAAGCAAUUUAAAGUCUCAUUUGCGUUACAAACAUCCAAAUUUAUACUUGGAAUACAUAAAAAUUGAUGGAAAUAGUACUAUAACAUCAACUGCAGACACUGAAGAAGUUUUGCCAGUUUUGGAUGAAUGUGUUGAUGAUCCUUCAACUUUGAUUAAAAUAAAUUGUGAUACACCAAAUAAUGAAGAAACUAACUUAAAAAGAAAAAUUGGAACUCUGAAACAAAGCAAAUUAAAAAUAAUUUCUCCUUUAGACAAGAAAACAAUUGAAAAAUAUAAACAUGCCAUAGGUAUUUGGAUGUGCACUGAUAUGCAGCCUUAUAAUUCAGUGGAAAAAAAAGGAUUCAAACAUUUAUUAUCAGUCUUAUGUCCAAACUUUGAAUUACCCAGCAGGAAGUACUUUUCUGACCAUAAGAUUCCUCAAAUGUAUGAAAUUGUAAGAAACUGUAUAAAGGAAAAAUUAAAACAAGUGUCAUACAUUUCACUGACAACGGAUUGCUGGACAUCAGUAAAUGGAUAUCCGUUCAUAGGAUUAACGGCUCAUACUAUUAAUAAUGAUUGGAAAAUUGAAAGUUUUUGUUUGGCGUGUACUUCUUUGAAUUUUGAUCACAACAGUGUUAACAUUAAAAAUAAGAUAAAAGAAAUUUUGAUUGACUGGGAAAUUGAUGAAUCUAAAAUUGCUGGGAUAACAACAGAUUGUGGAAGUAACAUUUUAAAAGCCGUGGAUAGUUUAUCGUUUAACCACAUACCUUGUUUUGGGCAUGUUUUAAAUACGGGUGUAACCAAUGCAUUUGCUUUACCACCUGUUAAGUUUUGCUCAGAUAAUGCAGUAAAAGUGCGAUCAGUUUUUCAUUACAGUCGCAAAAUGAAACGUUCUUUGUUAAAUGCCCAGAUUAAUUUAAAUCUUCCCCCUUUAGUAGCUCCAUCUUCAUCUGACACUCGUUGGUGGUCUUUACUUCCAUGUUUAAACUUUAUAAAAACACAGCAUGAAGCAUUGCGUUCAAUACUAACCACUCCUAAAUAUCAAAAGAUUUGA